AUGGCUCCCCAGCUGCAAUUACAUAAUGGGAGGUGGAGGGGGGGAGGGCUCAACUUGGAAGGAUAUGUUAUGCAGGUCCUAAAUGGUCCACUUAAGGACUUCAUUGCACAGAUGGAGAAAGUCAAGGGACACAGGAUGCUGGUGGUUGAAGAUGGGGCCCUGGCACACCAAGGAAAGCUAGCCAAACAGGCUUGGGAAGAACUUGGUAUUAAACAGAUUGCACACCCUCCAAGUUCACCAGACCUAAAUGUCACAACUCAGCUUGGACCUAUGGUACAAGGGGGCUUAAAGUCUGUGGCCCUAUCACCAAUGGACUAUCAGACAAGGAAGAAGGGCAACAAAGGCCCAAAAGGUAUGGUUAGGGUAGCAGGCUAUGAAGGCCUGGGUUAUGAUUUAUAA